GGCUGGGACUUUCACCGACAGUGGUCCGGAACUCAGCGAAGUCGGAGUCUCUUGACCGAGGGCGAAGGGGGAGAUACGGUGAGCGAAUGCCAUUUCAGGUCCUCUUUUCUGAAAGAGAUGUCAAUUCAACACUGGGGGAGGCAAGUGGGUGGGAAGACAACGCAUUGGCGGUGCCUGCCAGGCCCAGAUCAGCGUUAGCGGGCAUGCAUCCUGCAGAGCAGCUGUGGAGGAUAAGGACAUCCCUCAGAGGAGGACACAAAAUGACAAUGCAGAAGACUGUGUCUCACUCCUUGGAAGUGAAGACAAAGAGACGCAAGACCCAAGGUAAAAAGAAGAGCAUUACGGGAAAGGAGGAGGACAUCAUCGAGGUAAACAGGAGACUGAAAAAGAGCGGCACGGCAAAAAAGAGCAGUAGAAAGGGAGAAACCGCAAGGAAUGCUGGAGAGAGAAUCACAAAGAGUGCUGGAGAGGCGAGUGCCAAAAUUGGAAAGAGGAGGAGUGGAAGCACCUCAAAUGGGAAGAAGGGGAGACGGCGGAGUGUUCAAGGCGACCACGAAGAAGGUGGGGUUCAUUACGAUCCCGGCAAGAAGAUGUUUCGCACCCAGCGAGGAAGCCAAGACUAUCGGCUUGGUGCAGAGCUUUCAUCUGUGGUCACAAAAGUCAACAACGAUGCUUCAAGCAACCGGAAAGCGGAGGAGGAGGAGGGAGGUGGUGGAGGUUACGGUAGAGGUACUAUUCCUGGAUAUCGCGGUGCAGAUGGGUUUUUGGGACCGGAACGGGAACCGAGAACAGGUUAUUAUCAGUCUACAGAGGCUGGCAGGGAUGGGCAAGCUCGUGACACUCUGCACAGACGGACGAAAAAGAACUCUUUCAAAGGCUUGAAAAAGCAGGACUUUGUUUAUGAGACGCCAGAAAUAAUGAAGGUGGACGGGAAUGCUGAUCGUCAUGAUGCUACGGAGAUGGCCGAUGCACCCUCUGAGGAAGUCUCUCGUACCCGAGGAGCUCGCAGUACUCUUAUUUCUCCAGUGAGUGCGGGAAAGAGUCGCGAGUCGGUACAUCAUUCACGCGGAAUGCAAAAUGAUCGUCUAGAUGAUCUGUAUCUGAUGUCCAUGAGCAGAGCCAGAGACGCAACUGGUGAGCCAGUCGUACUGUUGGAUAGAGGACAGGAGACGGUGGAACAGCAGAGCAAAGAUCAAAACACCGUAAUCAACGACGCUGAGAGAAUGCUGUUACUGAAGGAGAUCGCAAGACGGUUAGCUACAAGGCUGAGCAGCCUUGUAUUCAGCAACGAUGGUAGCCCGGAAGGAGCAGCAAAGCAAAAUCCAAACUCACCAGAGAGAAGCCCAUGGAUGCCCAGAACGAAGUACUCGAUGCAUGGUGACAUUAGAAGCAACAAAGAAGAUAAGGCGGUUCAAGCACCCGAUGUAGAUGCUACCACCAUAUCCAGAAGAAUCUCAGACGCGAUUGUUCUGCAGCAGAUGGCUGGAUAUGGUGAUCAUAUGGCAUCGGAUGCCGAUUUGCUGGGAAGGGACGACGAUGUUUGCCGGAGAUCAGAUGGUGCUGUUCGGGAUCGGACAGUCGGUAGUGGGACUCAGGACCAUGAGGACAUGAGGGAGGCUGCUUCAGGCUCAUGCAAUUUGGAGCUCGUUCCGGCCUCACACUCGACGAUCUUGCGGAGCAUUGAUGUGGAGGACAAGGAGCGGGAAGGGGAGCACGGGGGUGGGAGUUCUGUUGGCAUGAGUGACAGGCAAUCGCGGUAUAGUGGAGAUAACCUGUCUGCUGGCAGGGCUAGGGUGACGUCAACUAUUAUUGCAAAGUACCCUGGUGCAGGGCAGUUGAACCGGCCGGGGCCAAUGUGUGAAACCCCAUUAGAUGUGAUUGAUAUCCGUAUGGGGGGGGGGCUGGCACUUAGCAGAGAAGGGUCUCUAAGGAAGAGAACCCGUGUUGAAAUGGUUGCUGACACGGCCGCAGUCGAGGAAUGGGAUAGGCUAUCUCUAAAGACGAGGAUCGGGAGUACAAGUGUAAAGGAGGAUGACAGCAGUAAUGUACUGCCGAUCAAUCACGAUCCUGGACUCGACAGAGGUUUCGUGAAAGAGUUGACCAACCCGUGUACCGUCGGCGGCGGCGUCGUGUAUGACGAUCGACUGAAGAAAGCAUCAGAGGCCACUAGAUUACAGAACCGAUGGGUUUCACAGAAGCUGGAGGGCAUUCUGAGAACUCAGCAGCUAGGAGGCAAGACACAUUCACUGGGCGCAAAUGCUGAGCAGGCGAGUAUGCAUGGUAGUCCGGAGCUUAUCAUGCGAGGUGUUUUGAGAGGCGACUACCUCCUCCUCGGUAGAGGAGAUUCCCUUAGCAUUAUCAACACGUACGUGAAGCAGGUGAUCAUGGGGCGCAAGCUCGGAGAGAGAGCGGAAGCAGAUCGGGAAAAGACUGGAGCGACUGGCGAGGACAUCCAUGACAAGGGGGAGUUCUCUCAGAAGGAGGAGGAAAGGGGAAAGAACGAAAAGGACGUAGGAAACGGCAGCCAGGGAGGCGAUGAGGGCACUCAGCGGAAGCAAGAGACCAGAGGUCAGCAAUCGUUGACUGCAACAGAUGGUUUCUUGGCCUUGGCGCCGUUGACAGAGGGUGUCAAGCAAGUCAUCAGCAGCAAACUGGAAGCCGAGCAAACCCUUCGUCUACCGAUUGCACAUCCUUCUCCUUGCGAGGCGAACACAAACAAAGGGAUGACCCUGCUUCAGCUACCGAUCAUGCCUCCCUCGGAGGCAAUGGUUGAUAGUAACUCGGUUGAGGGUGUCGAGAUGGUGAAGGGUUCUGCAGUGGUGUUGAGAGACAUUACUGUUGCUGGCGAAAGUGGAGAUCUUGAUAUUACUCACUCGACAGAAGAAGGAAGGGAUUCGGAUCAUGCCCGAGGUGCAGAGCCUGCAGAUUCAGGACGUGAGAGGUAUGGGGGGCUUCUGAGCAAAGACCCGGAGGGGUACAGGGUAGCUGAAGAAAGAGAGGGCAAUAUCAGCAAACGAUCGGUGGUGCGAAAACGAUUGUCUCGGAAAACUGGCGAACCUAAUGAGGGUAGGGAGUUGCAGUUAAGGAGAGAAGUGGCUGAUCAGGAGAGCAUGGCAGGGGAUAGGGAAUCGGAUGCUGUGGCACGAGCUGCAGAGCGGAUGAGAAGAAGAGCCAAGAAGCGGUUGAGAUUCCGGCAUGGUCACCACAGUGAAAAGAGGAAGGAACACACGGAGAGCAUCCAACCUGUACAGCAAGCCUGGGCUUCACCUACUGCCCUCCAUACAAGACUCACAAUGGAGCUUGCAAAGCUGGAAGCAGUGGACGAGGCUCGAAUAAAUAUUACAGCUUUGGAAAAGGCCCAAGCACUGAUCUGUGCUCGACAAGAGGCAGCAAGCUUGUUGCGGAUUAUGGACUUGCAGAGGGAAGGAGAAAGUGUUCGGCAACGCAUUGAACAGAUUCAUCGAGAGCAAGAAAGAAAGCUGAAGGAGGUGGCGAAAUCACUCUCAAGGGAGAUCAAGGAGGAGAGCAUACAGCAGCUGAAGAACGUGACAAGCGUGUUUGUCCAAGAGCUCAUGUCACAUCGUCUCUCAGCAGCAGGGGGGGUAAUCUAUGCCACGGCCGAUGGCUCUAUUCCUGUGGAUAGAAAAGCACUCAUAAAGGGCAUAAAUGAAGUUGGUCCGUCGACAUCUGCCGCGGCCCAGUUGUGGCAAGAGGGGAUUGCUGCUGGCCAUUGUCAGCAAAUCGAACAUCCAACGGACGAUGAGACCGGAGAUGUGCAGGCAAUGGCACAAGCAAGCCUGCGUAUUGACAACAGAGGGGAGGAAGGGAACUCUGAAAUUGAGACGGAAGUUUAUUCAACAGACUUGGAGGAAAGCUUGGCAGAGGAAAUAGCUGAGCACAGCGGCUCCGAGACUGCUUCGUCCUUGACGCGAUGGCUAACGCAGCCGAGAGCACAUCAGCAGAAGGAUCUGGAUGGUCCUUCCAACAGGAGUGCUUCAACUGGGGUGUUGAUGCCUCGUAGCACCUUAGGAAUGCAGGGAGAAGGGAUGUUGCUCAACAUCAGACAACUUGAUCUGCAAUCGGAACGGAAAUCGUCGUUACAGUUACGACAGCGGGACAUGAAGCCGUCGAAAACCAUACAACAGCAUUCCACAGUGCAGCAGUUCUACUCAGAAAACAUGAAGCAGUUUGCACCUAAGCCAUCCGGAUCAUCAUCUCGGGUUUAUCCUGAUGAUACCAUUCGGGAGAGGCAGAAGAGUGAAGGGCCCGUCGGUUUAGCGCGAACAUGACGACACACGCCUUGACAUGCCAUUCUU